AUGGAUGUCGAUACAAGUAGCAGUGGUACUGUGAGCUCUGCCUCACCAGAUCGUUUCCAUGACGGUCGCGCCAGCAGCGUUAGCCUUGACGACCCGGAUGUGCGCAUGGCCGCCGAAGCACUCGGUGAUCUGAGAGCAGACUUCGUUUCUUCCCCGAGACGUAGAGCGACGCCUCCCAGAUCACCGCAGUCUCUGGCCCCAGGACAGCAGCCUGAACCGCUCCUAUCAUUACUCACUACUGCGCAUCCGCUCAUCGCGACAACAAUCGAUAGUGCCACUUCUGCCUACACUAGCUCUAAAAACUACUACCCGCGCAUUAAGACUAGUAUCGAGUAUGUUGAGGGGUAUGUGAUACCUAUCGCCAGCACUGUUGGAUCUGUCGGGCGUGUAACCGGAGUUGAAAAUGGAGUGCGGUGGUUUCUGCGCCGCAGUCAACCACCUGGUAGCGAUUCAGGCGAUCAAGGCUCUAAUAAGCGAAGGAAAGUUGGAACGGGAGAUGGCAAGUACAGAGACGGCACAUCUGAGUCCGGGUCCGGUGCUCAGACACCCAGAGCUUCAUUGGAGAACCCAGACGAUCGACGGUCUUCCAUGGACACCUUGCCUGCCUAUGACGAGUUUCGUUCACCUCCAUACACGGAGCAAUUUCCAGGUCCCGAUGGUCACCCGAAUGGGCCAGGAUGGCACUCUCGUUUGAUGAUACAAACGUCGGGAUUGAGUAUAGCAAUGAGUGAGGAGAGUCUGCGAAGUUUGAAAUACUGUCUGGGUUGGAUCCGAUGGGCUAACGUUCAUAUCGGUCAUGUGAUCAAGUCACUCACCAUUACCUUGGAAAAGUAUGAGCAAAGGGGCCAAGAAUCCAGCGCACAAGGCAGCAGCUCGAGCGCAGAACUCGAGACGCGGAGUCAAUUGGCAGCCAAAAUUGAUGUUCUGCGUUCUGACGUGCUAAAGACUCUUGAAGACGUGAUCAACACAGUCAGUCGAUAUGCGGGUGGUGCCCUUCCGGAUAAUGCUAGAGAGCUUGUUCGACGACAUUUGACCAGUUUGCCACAACGCUUCCACCUUGCCAGCAUAGCCAGUGAUCGCGAAGCAGGUAAUAUUAAGUCGGAGGCUAGCAUGGAAGAGGGGCGCCCGGAAAAUGAGCAACGAGAGGAGUUGGAAACGCGAGAAAGCGCUAGACGGGUUAUGAUACUGGCCAAAGAGGGUCUGGAUAUGAUGUCUCAGGUUUCUGGCAUAUUAAACGGUACCCUGAUGAGUGCUGAGGAGUGGUGUGAGCGCCUGAGCAAGGACAAGAGAGAGCAGCGGGAGCAUCUACUUGGUAUCCCUCGCGCGUCGUCUUCAGAUGAACCAACGUCGGGUUGA